AUGGUGUACGGUAUAAAGAAACCAAUGUCCUCUAGUGCCCUUGUUUUGGUCAGCAUGGUGUACGGUAUAAAGAAACCAAUGUCCUCUAGUGCCCUUGUUUUGGUCAGCAUGGUGUACGGUAUAAAGAAACCAAUGUCCUCUAGUGCCCUUGUUUUGGUCAGCAUGGUGUACGGUAUAAAGAAACCAAUGUCCUCUAGUGCCCUUGUUUUGAUCACCUUCUACGAGGACCGGAACUACCAGGGACGGUACUAUGAGUGUGACAGUGACUCCAGCGACCUGCACACCUUCUUCAGCCGCUGUAACUCAGUCAGGGUGGAGGGGGGAUUCUGGGUGGUGUACGAGAGGCCCAACUACAUGGGCUUCCAGUACGUGCUGACCCCUGGAGAGUACCCUGACUACCAGCGCUGGAUGGGAUUUAAUGACACCGUCAGGUCCUGUCGCAUCAUUAGGAAUGUGGGCAACUCGUGGAGAAUGAAGCUGUGGGAGAAACCUAACUUUGAGGGCCAGAGCAUGGAGGUGGCAGACAACAUGCCCUCCUUCCAGGAGCGCUGGCACAGCCGCGAGGUGAACUCCUGCAAGGUGUUCGAAGGUGCCUGGGUUUUCUUUGAGCAUCCCAACUACAGGGGGCGCCAGUACCUGCUGGAGAGGGGAGAGUACAGACGCCACACCGAGUGGGGGGGCAUGCAGGCCAACGUGGGCUCCAUCCGCUGUGUCAAGUAG